AUGGCGAGGCGCACUUGCUUCGUGCAGUUUCGCUCGAGGGCCAAAAGCAAGGGCUCUGCACGGAGCGGGCGGGUGGGGCAGAACGGCCGACGGGCCCGCGCCGCGGGCGAGCGCCCCGCGAGCGCGGCGCGAAGCAAUAAUACGCAACCUGCGAAGCAGACGGCGACAGGGCGCGCCGCGACCCGCCCCGGCGCGAUCCCCACGGCGCGCCUGCGCGAGCGCCCGCGGCAGGCCAGGGGGGCCCUUGAUAAGUUAUGCCUGGUAUGGGGGCACGCGAACAUCAGUCGGAGCAGAAAGAUCAUGUUGUUCAACGCGUGCGUAAUUUCCAAGCUCUCCUACAGCAUCGAGGCUUUGUGCUUGCGGAAAGCAGAGAGGGAUAAACUUGAUGCGUUCCAGGCCCAGUGUCUGCGCAAAAUACUAAAGAUCCCUCAUUCCAUGAUUUCCCACGUGUCCAACCACAGCGUGCGGCAACAAGCCGGGCAGCACCGUCUUAGCAGCCACAUUCUCAUGAAACAGUUCGAUCUGUUCGGGAAGCUUGGCAGCAUGCCGGACUCAGCAGCUCGUGAUGUAGUGUUCGCGCCCGGGAGCGUGAACCCGCCGAUCCUACGCGGAAGAAGAGCACGAGGCGAGCGGAAGGCUGGGCUCGGGUACGCCCGCUCGCCCCGCGGCCAUUCGGCGCCGCUGGCAGCGAGCCGCUGGGGCCACGCCGCCGGGUGGCGGUGCUGCCUGGAGGGGCCCUGCGGCGCGGCGGCGGCCUUGCUGCCAGGCCUCUGCGCGCCCUCCGCGGCGACGCCCUCCGCCGGCUCCGCCGCCGCCCGCCGGGGGCACGCCCACGAGGACGCCCACGGCCACGCCGCGGCCGCGGCCGCAGCUGCCCCGCGCUGGUCCAGCUCCUCCAGCGGCGCGCUGGCUGGCACGCCGACCGCGGGCGCGGCGCGCCGCUUCGUGGUGACCAACAGGGGGCGGAUCCAGGACUGCUACAAAGUCGAGGGGCGCGGCCUCGGGCUCCUGGGGAGCGGCGGCUUCGGCAGCGUCCGGAAGGCCGAGCGCAUCGUGGACGGGUCGAUGCGCGCCAUCAAGACCAUCAACCUCGAGAGAGCCUCCCGGACGCCAGAGCACUUCAACAGAAUGCAGCGCGAGAUCGCCAUCAUGAAGAUGCUCGACCACCCGGGCCUCAUCAAGAUCUACGAGAUCUGGGAGGACAAGAAGGACAUACACCUCGUCAUGGAGGUGUGCUCCGGCGGCGAGCUCUUCGCGAAGAUCUGCGAGGUCGGCCAGCUCAGCGAGCCCGACGCGGCCGGGGUCGCGAAGCAGGCGCUGGCCGCCGUGCUCUACCUCUCUGGGGGGCCGGCGUGCCUGAAGCCCGAAAAUUUCCUGCUGGAGUCCAGGGCCAGAAGGAUCGAUAAGUGCGUGCUCAAGCUAAUCGAUUUCGGCCUCUCGCGCACGUUCAACGCGGGGGACAGGUUCGCGACCAAGAUUGGCACUCCCUACUACGUCUCCCCUCAGGUGCUGACCGGGAGCUACAACGAGCUCUGCGACGUGUGGAGCGCCGGCGUCGUCGUGUACUUGAUGCUGUCGGGCACCCUGCCCUUUGACGGGGGCACCGACAAGGAGGUCCUGCGGUGCGUCAAGAGCGGCAGGUACUCGUACGACGAGAGCUGGGCCUGCGUGUCCAGAGGGGCCAAGGACCUGAUCAACCGCAUGCUGACGUACAACCCCGAGCUGCGGUUCUCUGCGCGGCAGGCGUUCGAGCACGCCUGGGUGGCAGAGAGAGCGCCGGGCGCCAGGAGCGUGCCCCUGGACACGGGCCGGGUGGAGAACCUCCGCAGGUUCUGCUCCAUGAACCGCUUCAAGAGGGCCUCGCUGGAGCUCAUCGCGAGCCUGCUGAACGAGGACAAGAUCAGGACCCACCGAGAGAUGUUCAAGGGCCUCGACACGAACGGCGACGGCAUGCUCAGCCUCAGCGAGCUCAGGGAAGGGGUCGUGAGGGCUGGCCUUGGCGAGAUCGCCGCCGAGCUGGAGGAGAUCGUCAGGGACUGCGAUACCAACGGUAGCGGGGAGAUCGACUUCACGGAGUUCCUCGCCGCCGCCAUGGAUCGAUGGCAGUACCUGCAGGAGGAGAUUUGCUGGUCCGCCUUCUGCGUUUUCGACCGCAACGGCGACGGCAAGAUCACUUGUAAAGAGCUGAGCCAGGUGCUGCACGACGACGGCGUGGAGAAGGUGCUUGCUCACAAGACGGCCAAGGAGCUGAUCAGGGAGGUGGACGAGGACGGGAAUGGCGAGGUUGACUUCGACGAGUUCAUGGAGAUGUUGCGGAAGCAGUGA